UCCUCCUUCUCACAAUAACAACAGCUGGCCCCAGUUAAAGAUGGCCGCCGCAACCGUAGCGGGGCUCGAUGCCCACAGGAUGGAGGAAAAGAAGUUGGAGUACUUCUCCUCCAUCAACUCCAUGGCAAAGAAAAUAAUGCAGGAGAGGGAGAAAAUCAAAGCCAAGCACGGCUCGUCUUGGGAGAAAAUGACGCCGCAAGAGCAAGACAACGCUAUCGACAACUGGAUGAUGGAUCCUCAUAUUCGAGCCCGAUACGCUAUGCACAGAGUUGAGCGUGAAGAAGUGGCCUGUUACCCUAAACUGCUCAUUCAGACGGGCCAGAAGAUAGUUCAUUUCGGAGAAGAGGAUAUCACCUGGCAGGAUGAGCACUCUGCCCCUUUUUCAUGGGAAACAAAGAGUCAGAUGGAUUUCAGCUUGACAUCAGGCUCUGCAGAUCAGGGGAUCUCUUCCUCGCAGGCCGACGCAAAAGCUGUAAAAGCUGCCAGUCAGAUUGGCAAGAGUACACCUGGAACAAAGGUGUCUGUCAGUGAGGGCCGGAGGCCGGAGGAGGAGUCGUCUUUCUGGAAGAUCAGCGCUGAGAGGUCCAGGCUGGAGGGCGAGCAAGCUGACUUCCAGUCCCUGACCCCCAGUCAGAUCAAAUCCAUAGAGAAAGGGGAGAAACCCCUCCCAUCCUACCUCCGACAGGAAACCUCUGUCAGCCCCAGGGAGCCUGAAACAGCAGAGCCCCACCCUCCGGCUCCUACUAGGUCCACCAAGCAGAGAGCACCCAGGCCUCCUGCUCCACCACCUCCUGUCCCCACCGCUGUCAGUGCAACCCCGGCAUCCAUCUCCAUCUCUCCAAACCCACCUCCUCCCAUCAGCGUCCCAUCUUCGAACGGCGGCUGGGAGAGAUCUCAGAGCACCCUGCCAUCCGUCAGCAACACGGUGGAUGAAAUGUUCUCCUCCAACCUGGUGUCCAAGCCUUCAAACCUCCCUAAGGAGAAAGAGAAGCAGGAAGAGAGUUCGCCCAACUUGGACAUCAGCCCCAACUUUACCCAGUUUAACACAAGCAGCAGCAUCCUGAAGACUGGAUUCGACUUCCUAGACAACUGGUAAACCACAGCAGAACCCAGUCACCGCUCUGAAUGAGUCAUCCUCAUCAUCAAUUUAGAGGACCAUACUGCCAUGACUACACACAUCCACGUCUAGAUUUAAGAGACAACAUUCUUUAAAAAUAACCACAUUAUGUUCUUGUAAUUGUCUCCAGUGGGUAGUUAAGACAUUAUCUCACUGCCCCUGUGCUGGUGGGUUGUUGUUUUUUUUCCCUCCCCUUUCUCUUCUUGGAAUAGGCUUGAGUCCUUAGAAUUGCCAAACACUCCCCAUUUUACACUUGAUAUGAAUAACAAUGAUAGAAAAUAUGAAGGAGGAAUAAAGCUGAUUGGAAAUCCAGUCAGAGAAAAAUGUUGUUUGUGUAUGCUGGGUUCAUUGACCUCAUGUACACACUGGCCACGUAAUCCUGAUAAAUAUGGUAACCUGAUGAUUUUGCUGCUUGCAGUAUGAAUGCACAAUUGACUUCAAAUGUAGCUCUUAGACACUAACAACAGUUUUAUACCAUAAGCAUGGAACAAAACACUAAAACCCUUUCCAUGUUUUUCUUAUUUUUUGUUAUGAUUUUCUUCUCAUGUGCUUCUUAUUUAUACUUAUAUAUUCCCGUAAACCUAAGAGAUUUAGAGUAGUGCUCAGUGUUGCAGUCCUGGCUCACAUAGUGCAAUUACUACAGUAGAAAUCAUGGGAUUUUACCGUUAUAUCUCAUAUUACUGCAGAAUGUAUUUAAAGCUUUUAUACAUACAUAGAAGUUGUUGGUUGGUUUAAACACAGCUAAAGUAGAAACCUUCUCUUUGGUAUUUAAACACACACACACACACACACACACACACAGGAGGGAAGAACAGCUGGGAAGUGUUCACACUUAGUCAUGCCAAAGUCAUGGGCUUUUUUGUCUGGGCUGCUGUGGGAACCUGUUACAGAUGUUCUGUAUGGAUUGAUCUCCUUGCCAACACUUUUACCCCUCCCACCUUUCACCUUUGACCUCAAAGUAGUGCUGAACAAAGCUAGUGUGCAUCUAUAACGACUUGCACCGAAACAUUGUGUGGUAGGUAAAUGGGCAGGCUUAUAGUGAUUGGUAGCACUUGUCUCAGAUGUACAUGUAACAUCUAGUACAUAGUUAGAUUUUACAGAUUUUAUAUCUAUCUGCUCAUUGUAUCUUCUGUUUACACAUAUGUAUCACACUCGUGCAUUUUGGGGUUACAGUUUGGAAGGAAGUAAAUAAAUUAAACUUAAACCUG